AUGCGCGCGUCGCUGUAUUGGCUCGCUCCCUUUGCGCUCGCGGUGGCCGCAACCGACGUACCAAUCGACGUCGGCGUCGGCUGUGUCUACGACUCUACCACCGCGUACCCCGGCCCGAUGGACGAUAAGAGGUCGCCCGCGUUUGUAUGGACCGUCUCAAACGCCACCGCCACGUUCGUGAGACUGCGUUUUGAUGGGUUUGCAUUGCCACCCAACGACUAUGUGCGCCUCUCGUCGCUCGAAGUCAACAGCACUGAGGGUCCAUUGGUGCUCUCGGGUCGCAACUACUCGGGGUCGUUUGACGCGCCGGCGAUUGCCACGACGAGCCUCCGCGUCGAGCUCUUCACGACCCAUCGUCACCCAUUCACAAGCAGCAACGAGAGCACCCAUUGCUACGGCUUCCGUCUUGGCUCGUACAACACCGAGAUCGAACGAACGCGCAGCGAGAGCAUUUGCGGCAAGAAAGAUCGCUCGGUCGACGCCAUCUGCCUAGAGGGCAACCCGGUCGUGUUUCAACGGUCCAAAGCGAUCGCUCGGCUCGUUAUUCGGCGCAAGAACCAACUCUUUGGCUGCACGGGCUGGCUCCUCGGGUGCGAGGGCCACCUCAUGACCAACCACCACUGCAUCUUUGACGCUUUGGACGCGAGCAACACCAAAAUCGAGUUUCUAGCGCAGGCCAAAAGCUGUCCCGGGCCCGCUGGCACCGAAGUCUGCAACCGCGCGCUGUCGUGCCGCGGCCAAGAGUACACGGGCGCCAUCACGUUUGUCACGACCAACGCACGGCUCGACUACACGCUCCUCAAGCUCGACACUUCGGUUGCGACGACGUAUGGGUACCUCAAACUCCGACCGUCGGGGCCCCGCCUCGGCGAGCCCGCGUACCUUAUAACCCACCCCAUGGCAUGGGGCAAGCGCAUCGCGUUCAAGGACGCCAACGGCACGGCGCUCCUCCGCGUGGGCUCGGAUACGCAGGUGAGCUACGACCUCGACACGCAGAAGAUGUCGUCCGGAUCCCCGGUGCUCUCGUUCCUUGACCACUCGGUCGUGGCCCUCCACCACGCGGGCUACGUCUUCUGCCCCAACCUCGGCAUUAUGAGCCACCUCCUGCACAACGACUUGGUCACGCGCCAGAUCCUGCCGAGCUACUGCGACAAGCCGGUGUAG